AUGGCCGCUGCCGCCGUCGACCCUUUCCUGAAGGGCACCACAAGUUCGAAUACUCGUGGCUUGUUACGGGUGGUUAUAUUAGCAGUCAUUGCAACAGCAGCCAUUUCCAGCAGAUUGUUCAGCGUAAUAAGGUUUGAGAGCAUCAUCCACGAAUUUGAUCCGUGGUUUAACUUCCGCGCAACGAAAUAUCUCGUUAAACAUGGAUUUUAUAGCUUCUGGGACUGGUUUGACGACCGAACCUGGCAUCCCCUUGGACGUGUCACAGGCGGCACGUUAUACCCAGGCCUAAUGGUUACCAGUGGUGCCAUUUACCAUCUUCUUCGAUUCAUUGCCCUUCCGGUCGAUAUUCGAAAUAUUUGUGUACUCCUGGCCCCGGGCUUUUCCGGGUUAACCGCCCUGGCCAUGUAUCUCCUUACUUCUGAAAUGUCUGUUUCUCCUUCGGCUGGUCUUCUUGCUGCUGCUUUUAUCGGGAUUGCACCAGGUUACAUGUCUAGAUCCGUCGCCGGCAGUUACGAUAAUGAGGCCAUUGCAAUUUUCCUCUUAGUAUUCACCUUUUAUCUUUGGAUCAAAUCUUUGAAAAACGGAUCAAUAAUGUGGGGUGCCCUAACUGCCUUAUUUUACGGCUACAUGGUGUCGGCGUGGGGAGGUUACGUCUUUAUUACAAAUUUGAUCCCACUACAUGCUUUUGUUCUUAUUUGCAUGGGUCGUUACAGCUCCCGCCUUUAUAUUAGCUAUACGACAUGGUAUGCACUUGGUACACUCGCUAGCAUGCAAAUCCCCUUCGUCGGGUUUUUGCCAAUCCGAAAUAGUGACCACAUGGCUGCCUUGGGUAUCUUUGGACUUCUCCAAUUAGUCGGCUUUGUUGAAUUUCUUCGAAGUCAGAUUCCAGGAAAGCAGUUUCAGACCCUACUAACUUCUCUGGUUCUCUUGAUUUUUGGAGUCGCUUUCCUGGGCCUGGUAUUGCUCACCGUGACCGGAGUGAUUGCACCCUGGAGCGGUCGAUUCUAUUCUCUUUGGGAUACUGGAUAUGCCAAAAUCCAUAUUCCAAUUAUCGCAUCCGUCUCCGAACACCAGCCUACAGCCUGGCCGGCAUUUUUCUUCGAUCUUAACCUGAUGAUAUGGCUGUUUCCAGCUGGUGUUUAUAUGUGCUUCUAUCAACUUAAGGAUGAGCACGUUUUUGUUAUUAUCUAUGCCGUUCUUGCCAGUUAUUUUGCUGGUGUCAUGGUUCGAUUGAUGCUGACCCUGACACCGGUGGUUUGCGUUGCCGCUGCCCUAGUUUUGUCUCACAUUCUCGAUACUUUCCUUCGACUGGAUUCCCCUGAUCCUGAAGCACAAACCAAAUCAGUUGGCGAAAAACCAGUUCAGGGUGGUUUAAGAUCUGCUCGGUCUCGUGUUGUUGGUAUCUAUUCUAAUCUCUCUAAGGGGGUCGUUUCAGCUUCCGUUUUAGUAUACUUGCUCCUGUUCGUUGCCCAUUGCACUUGGGUGACGUCUAUUGCCUACUCUUCGCCAUCUGUCGUGCUUGCGAGUAAACUCCCUGAUGGAAGCCAAUAUAUCAUCGACGAUUACCGCGAGGCUUACUACUGGCUUCGCCAGAAUACUCCACAAAAUGCGAAAAUCAUGUCAUGGUGGGAUUAUGGGUACCAGAUUGGUGGAAUGGCCGAUCGCCCUACCCUCGUUGAUAACAACACCUGGAAUAAUACACAUAUUGCUACUGUUGGGAAGGCGUUCAGCUCCCGAGAGGAAGUUAGCUACCCAAUUCUUCGUCAACAUGAUGUUGACUAUGUUUUGGUUGUUUAUGGAGGCUUAAUCGGUUAUUCCGGAGAUGAUAUCAAUAAAUUUCUUUGGAUGGUCCGAAUUGCUGAGGGUAUUUGGCCCGACGAGAUUAGAGAGCGUGAUUUUUUUACUGCCCGGGGGGAGUAUCGUGUUGAUGAACAAGCCACCCCCACCAUGCGCAACAGCCUCAUGUACAAACUUUCCUACUAUAACGUGGAUUCUCUCUUCCCUAAGGGCCAAGCACAGGAUCGGGUUCGCAAUUCUCGCCUUCCAGCCGAAGGACCCCAGUUGACCACUCUCGAGGAGGCAUUUACUAGCGAGAACUGGAUCAUUCGAAUAUACAAAGUUAAAGAUCUAGAUAAUCUUGGCCGUGAUCACAACAGCGCCGCGGCAUUUGAGAAGGGACAUAAAAAGAAGAAGGCAGCCGGCACCAAACGGCGGCGAGGGCCCAGGGUGCUGAGGACAGAGUAA